UUUUUUAAAUUAAAAACUGAGAAGAACUUUGUAUUUUCUUAAUUUCUAUUCCUUUUAAUUACAGGGUUGUGCUGAAAUUUCUUAUUUUAAUUUCUCCUCGAGUUGAACUUUCCAAAAAUGGAUGAAGAAGUAAAAUGUUUUUGGCUGAUAAUAUGGUUAGAAGCAAGAACACAAGGGAGUUGGGAGUGGAGUAAAUUUACCCAAAAAUAGAAUGGGGUUUGGCAAUUAGGAUUCCCAAUCCCUUUCCCUGUAAUCUUCACUCUCAACUGCAAAUCCUAAGGCGAGUCAAUUGUGAAUACCUACCAAGUACCAAGCAAGAAGGGUCUUUACCAGAUCAAAACCUUUGGCCUACACGCACGCCGUCUUCCUAGAAAUGGAGGACGGAAACCCCUAUUUUGGAGCUGCCCAUCGUCCUCACGACCGAAUCAAGCUCAACGUCGGUGGCAAACUCUUCGAGACCACUAUUUCUACUAUUCGCUCCGGCGGCCCUGAUUCACUCCUUCAAGCCCUCUCCGCCCGCCCCAUCGACGACUCCAACCCCGUUUUCAUCGACCGUGACCCUGAGAUCUUCUCCGUCCUCCUCUCUGUCCUUCGAACCAAUCGUAUUCCCUCCACCGCUCGCCGAUUCUCCAAGCAAGAACUCACCGAUGAAGCCCUCUACUACGGCAUCGAGUCUCGUCUCAAAUCUGCCAUGUUGCCCCCUCCCCUCUCCGGGAUCGACGCCUCUGUUGUCGCCACCAUCCGCCCUGCCUCUGAUGGCCUUCCCUCUGCUUUCACUGCUGGUGCCGGUGACGGUUCCUUGUGGAUUGCUCAUGGCGGUCAGAUCUCCGCCUAUGAUUGCAAUUUGGCCCAUGCCGGCACUAUUCGGACUCACAUCAACGAUAUCACAUCCAUCCGCCGCCUCUGGCCGGAUGUAGCCGCCGUUGGAUCGGAUACUGCGGCUGGGCUUCACAUAUACGACAUAUCCGGCGGACGUCAUGUAGCGUCUGCGCACUGGACUGAUCCCUCCGAUCCUAGGAUAUACAAGGCUCUGGUGUCCGCGAUCGCAGACUCUCCAAAUUCUGUAUAUGCGUCGUUCUAUUGUCGUCACAAAGAGAAUUGCAUCCUCGUAAUUGACAAGUCCACGCUCCAGGUCGUGUCGGAAAUUGGUCGCCAGUCCGGCAAUUCCAUGAAGACCAUGGGUGCCGGAAAACUGACUUACAUGCCAAGCUCCAGCCUCAUCUUUGCCAGUGCCGUCACUUCAGGUGCGUUCGGGUACUCGGGCUGUAUCAGGCUGUGGGACCCUAGGUCCGGCGAGGUGGUUUGGGAGACGACCGAGCCAGGGUCGGGGCGAAGCUGUAGGUUUGGGGAUUCGUUCGCUGAUGUGGACGUGGAUGCGGAUGAGUCAACCAUGUUCAAGGUUUGCUCCAAAUCGGGGGAUGUAGGAAUGGCAGAUUUGCGUAAAUUAGGAGAAGACCCGUGGGUGUAUUUGAGAGACAAUAACCCUAGCAUGGCACAUAAGGGUGGAGGUGACAGCAGCAGUGUGAUACAUUGUUACAGAAAGCAAGUUUUUGUUGCGCGAGGAGGAGGCCUAGAGGUUUGGUCUCAAGUAGAGGAUAAAGAAACAGAGGAGGAGAGGGAGAAUAUGGUUUCUGAAGGGUCUUAUAGGAGGAAUUAUGUUGAUAAGUUGGAUGAUUUAGAGAGGGGUACCAUAACGAAAAUGGAAGGUGGUGGGGAUAGGCUAUUUAUUAGUAGAGAAGAUGUCGAAGGGAUUGAAGUGUGGGAAAGCUCCAAUUUCUCAGGUGCAGUUUCGGUUUUAUAAUCCAAGCUAGGAGCUGCUUUUUGAAAUUUUGUUGAAUUUGGGUCUUCUUUUCAUCGCCCUCAGAUAUAUUGUAUCAGAAAAGAUGUAAUUCCAAGCAAUUUUUGAAUCACAAUGCAGUUAAGCUCC